GUCUCCAUCAGUCAGGUACGGUUCAGUGUUCUGGUUGUCUCCUGCGGCUGAAUCCUCAUUUGUUUGGAGGCGUUCUAAUCGUUCCUUCUGCAGAUGUCUUGCUUUCAUGUCUUGGGGGUUUUACUUUGUGGAGUCUGUUUGGCCACAGGACACUCUGUGCCACAGAUCCAGCGACAGACUGCAGGCAGACCGGGGAGCGCUGUGCUUUUCUUUGUGGCUCACCAGGGAUCACUGAGAAACAUCAGGUUCAACCCAAUCAUCUUCAACCAUGUGCUGGUGAACCAAGGCUCUGGAUACAACAACAACACAGGUGUGUUCACGGUGCCGCAUGCAGGAGUCUACCAGUUCGUCUUCAGCGCCCAGCUCUGCCGCGGGCCCAACGACAACAACUGGUUCUUCCUGGUGAACGGGAACCAGAGGAUGAAAUGCCACGCUCAGGUGUCUGGGGGGGACACGGUCCUCAACACCUGUUACUACAUGGAGGGUCUGAAGGCCGGUGACCGGGUCUGGGUCAAACAGGAGGUGGGGAGUUGUGCCUGGGCCAGCACCAUCUCAAGAACCAUCACCUUCUCUGGGAUCUUACUGUCGAGGGAAGGCAUCUCCAUGCUGGGGGGCACUUUCAGCCCCCAGAACUUGUGCCCUCUGACCCUGAAACGCAGUGUGACCUCCAGCUCUGCAGGCCAGAGUGUCACCCCCCUCACUGCAGUCAUUGGUGGACUGCUGUGCUUAUUUAUGCUGAAAUAACACACGGGGAGUCAGAAGACCAAGAACAAUUAUUUAAAUUCACCUUCAAGAAAGUUUUAACAACAUUUCUGUCAAAAGUAGUUUUUAUUCAUUUCUGCCGGUUCCCUUUUCAGCAUCAUUUCUGUUUUCUUUGACACCCAAAGAAAA